AUGUCCAAGACACACAACCUGGGAGCGAUCGCUGCUCGCAGCCACCAGCGGCGGUUCCAGCGGUCGUCAGACCAUGGAGCUUCCCCACCUCUUCUCAACCCAGAGAGAGCAGCUCCCAGGGCAGAGAGCGAGUGGCCCAGUACUGGAACCGGCACCACACCGACACCGUACUUCUCUGCUGUUGUUUCUAAGCGGUCUCUCCCGGGGGCCCCCGCCGCCCCCUCGCAGGUGAAGAUGUGCGUGCAAAGAGCUCUGGUGCUGCUCUCAGUGCUGAGCUUCGCCACCGUCAGCCUCUCGCUGUCCUCCUGCACCACCUUGGACCUGGACCACAUCAAGAAGAAGAGGGUGGAAGCCAUCCGGGGCCAGAUCCUGAGCAAGCUGCGGCUCACCAGCCCGCCGGAGACCGUGGGGCCGGCCCAUGUGCCCUACCAGAUCCUGGCCCUCUACAACAGCACCCGGGAGCUGCUAGAGGAGAUGGAGGAGGAGAAGGAGGAGAGCUGCUCCCAGGACAACACCGAGUCCGAGUACUACGCCAAAGAGAUCCAUAAAUUUGACAUGAUCCAGGGCCUACCCGAGCACAAUGAAUUGGGCAUUUGUCCAAAAGGUGUCACCUCCAACGUGUUCCGGUUUAAUGUGUCCUCGGCAGAGAAGAACAGCACCAACUUGUUCCGGGCUGAGUUUCGGGUGCUGCGUGUGCCCAAUCCGAGCUCCAAACGCAGUGAGCAGCGCAUUGAGCUCUUCCAGAUCCUUCGGCCGGAUGAGCACAUAGCAAAGCAGCGCUACCUCAGUGGCAGGAAUGUGCAGACACGGGGCUCCCCUGAGUGGCUGUCCUUCGAUGUCACCGAGACUGUGCGUGAGUGGCUUCUGCACAGAGAGUCCAACCUUGGCCUGGAAAUUAGCAUACACUGUCCUUGCCAUACUUUUCAGCCCAACGGGGACAUCUUGGAGAAUUUGCACGAGGUCUUGGAGAUCAAGUUCAAAGGCAUUGACAGUGAGGAUGACUAUGGCCGUGGGGACUUGGGGCGCCUGAAGAAGCAGAAAGAUUUGCAUAAUCCCCACCUCAUCUUGAUGAUGUUACCCCCACAUCGGCUGGAGACCCCAGCUUUGGGAGGCCAGAGAAAGAAGCGGGCCCUGGAUACCAACUACUGUUUCCGGAACCUGGAGGAGAACUGCUGCGUGCGUCCUCUCUACAUCGACUUCCGACAGGACCUUGGCUGGAAGUGGGUCCACGAGCCAAAGGGCUACUUUGCUAACUUCUGUUCGGGCCCUUGUCCAUACCUCCGCAGCGCAGACACCACUCACAGCACGGUGCUGGGCUUAUACAACACGCUAAACCCUGAGGCAUCCGCUUCGCCCUGCUGUGUCCCCCAGGACCUGGAGCCGCUCACUAUCUUGUACUAUGUCGGGAGGACCCCCAAAGUGGAGCAGCUCUCCAACAUGGUGGUGAAAUCCUGCAAGUGCAGCUGAAAGGCACCCUGGCCCACCCAAAGCCAAGAGAGAAACUGUCAGCACCCACUCGCCUGCUCCCAGGCUAACACAAAAGGAACUGGGGGUCAGAGACUAGGCAUGCUGAGGGCCAAGUGCCAAACCCUGUGGCUUAGGGUCUGGCAGCCCUUGGGGAUCUCUUCUGAGAUUUCUCAACAUUUCUUGAUCUUGUUGGCAGUGACAUGUUCCUUCUGGGAGUUACUUUGGUGACACGAAGGCCACACUCUCCAAAAUGGCUGGACAGUUGGUGCGGAAGAGAACUGGUGGAGGAACUGCUGUGUAUUUGAAUGCUGUGUGGUUGA